ACACUUGCGUAAGACUCGCCAUAAUAGGUAAUUUUAGAAAUAGAUCUGAUUUGUAUCUGAGACAUUUUAGUGAAGUGGUGAGAUAUAAGACAUAAUCAGAAGACAUAUCUACCUGAAGACUUUAAGGGGAGAGCUCCCUCCCCCACCUGGCCUCUGGACCUCUCAGAUUUAGGGGAAAGAACCAGUUUUCGGAGUGAUCGUCUCAGUCAGCACCAUCUCUGUAGGAGCAUCGGCCAUGUAUUCCCCUGGGGCAGGAAGUGGGGCUGCUGGUGAGAGGAAGCUUUGUCUCCUCUCUCUGCUCCUCAUCGGUGCCUUGGGCUGUGCUAUCUGUCACGGAAACCCUGUGGACGACAUCUGCAUAGCGAAGCCCCGAGACAUCCCCGUGAAUCCCUUGUGCAUUUACCGCUCCCCUGGGAAGAAGGCCACCGAGGAGGAUGGCUCAGAGCAGAAGGUUCCAGAAGCCACCAACCGGCGGGUCUGGGAACUGUCCAAGGCCAAUUCGCGAUUUGCCACUAACUUCUACCAGCACCUGGCAGACUCCAAGAAUGACAACGACAACAUUUUCCUGUCACCCUUGAGCAUCUCCACUGCUUUUGCUAUGACCAAGCUGGGUGCCUGUAACGACACUCUCAAGCAGCUGAUGGAGGUUUUUAAAUUUGAUACCAUCUCCGAGAAGACAUCCGACCAGAUCCACUUCUUCUUUGCCAAACUGAACUGCCGACUCUAUCGAAAAGCCAACAAGUCCUCUGACUUGGUAUCAGCCAACCGCCUUUUUGGAGACAAAUCCCUCACCUUCAACGAGAGCUAUCAAGAUGUUAGUGAGGUUGUCUAUGGAGCCAAGCUCCAGCCCCUGGACUUCAAGGAGAAUCCGGAGCAAUCCAGAGUGACCAUCAACAACUGGGUAGCUAAUAAGACUGAAGGCCGCAUCAAAGAUGUCAUCCCACAGGGCGCCAUUAACGAGCUCACUGCCCUGGUUCUGGUUAACACCAUUUACUUCAAGGGCCUGUGGAAGUCAAAGUUCAGCCCUGAGAACACAAGGAAGGAACCGUUCUAUAAGGUCGAUGGGCAGUCAUGCCCAGUGCCUAUGAUGUACCAGGAAGGCAAAUUCAAAUACCGGCGCGUGGCAGAGGGCACCCAGGUGCUAGAGCUGCCCUUCAAGGGGGAUGACAUCACCAUGGUGCUCAUCCUGCCCAAGCCUGAGAAGAGCCUGGCCAAGGUGGAGCAGGAGCUCACCCCAGAGCUGCUGCAGGAGUGGCUGGAUGAGCUGUCAGAGACUAUGCUUGUGGUCCACAUGCCCCGCUUCCGCACCGAGGAUGGCUUCAGUCUGAAGGAGCAGCUGCAAGACAUGGGCCUCAUUGAUCUCUUCAGCCCUGAAAAGUCCCAACUCCCAGGGAUCGUUGCUGGAGGCAGGGACGACCUCUAUGUCUCCGACGCAUUCCACAAAGCAUUUCUUGAGGUAAAUGAGGAAGGCAGUGAAGCAGCAGCGAGUACUUCUGUCGUGAUUACUGGCCGGUCACUGAACCCCAAUAGGGUGACCUUCAAGGCCAACAGGCCCUUCCUGGUUCUUAUAAGGGAAGUUGCACUGAACACUAUUAUAUUCAUGGGGAGAGUGGCUAAUCCUUGUGUGAACUAAAAUAUUCUUAAUCUUUGCACCUUUUCCUACUUUGGUGUUUGUGAAUAGAAGUAAAAAUAAAUACGACUGCCACCUCA